UUUCCUGCAGUUGUCCUGCUGGACUCAAAGGAAUCGCAGGCGGAGCUGGGCUGGACCUCGCACCCGUCCAACGGGUGGGAAGAAAUCAGUGGCGUGGAUGAGAAUUACAAACCCAUCCGCACCUACCAGGUCUGCAAUGUCAUGGAGCCCAACCAGAACAACUGGCUGCAGACAGGCUGGAUCGCCAGGCGUGAUGGCCAGCGCAUCUUCAUCGAGCUGAAGUUCACCCUGCGGGACUGCAACAGCAUCCCUGGCGUGACUGGCACCUGCAAGGAGACUUUCAACCUGUACUACGUUGAGUCUGACUCUGACCUGGGCUGUCACGUCCACGAGAGCAAGCACAUCAAGAUCGACACCAUUGCCGCUGACGAGAGCUUCACGCAGGGGGACCUGGGUGAGCGUAAGAUGAAGCUGAACACCGAGCUGAGGGAGAUUGGGCACCUGAGCAAGAGAGGCUUCCACCUGGGCUUCCAGGAUGUGGGUGCCUGUGUGGCGCUGGUCUCCGUGCGGGUCUAUUACAAGAAGUGCCUCAGCACCGUGCAGAACCUGGCCGUGUUCCCGGACACGGUGGCGGAGGUGGCCUUCGCCACGCUGGUGGAAGUUAAGGGCACUUGCGUGGCUCAUGCUGAAGUGGACGUGGAUAACCCCCCCCGGAUGCACUGCAGUGCGGAGGGCGAGUGGCUGGUGCCCAUCGGGAAGUGUGCCUGUGGUCCUGGCUUCGAGGAGAAGGAUGGGGGAUGCAGAGCUUGCCUUCCUGGAUUUUACAAGCUGUCCCUCCGGCUCCCUCUCUGCUCUCCUUGCCCUGAGCACAGCUUCACGCAUGAGGAAGCCUCCACGUUCUGUCUGUGCCAGAAGAACUACUCCAGGUCCCCAUCAGACCCACCAUCUGCCUCCUGCACACGUCCGCCCUCUGCCCCGAGGAACCUGGUGUACAGCCUGCGGCAGUCAUCGCUGGUGCUGGAGUGGAGUGCCCCUGCCGACGCGGGCGGCCGGAGCGACCUCACCUACAGCCUGUGGUGCGGGCGCUGCCCGGCGGCGCUGCGGGGCCGCUGCGAGCAGUGCGGCAGCAGCGUGGGCUUUGUGCCGCAGCAGACAGGGCUGGUGGGCCGCACCGUCACCCUGCUCAACCUGCUGCCUCACGCCAACUACACCAUCCGCGUGGCAGCUGUCAAUGGCGUCUCGGCGCUCAGCCCGCUGGCCGGGCAGCAGUACGCCGAAGUCAAUGUCUCCACUGGCCUCUCAGCACCAACUCCUGUCACUGACAUCCGCACGGAUAAGGUUGAGCAGAAGAGUGUCUCCUUGUCCUGGCAGGUGCCAGGCUUCCCAACCACCAACAGCACCGAGUAUGAGGUCAAGUACUAUGAGAAGGAUCAGAGAGAUCAAAGUUACUCGACUGUGAAAACCACAUCCCCGGCCGUGACGGUCAAUAACCUGAAGCCUGGCACCCUCUACAUCUUCCAAGUGCGCACAUCCUCCUCGCCGGACUACGGAGGCUCCAGCCCCAGCAUUGAAGUGGAGACGCUGGCAGAGCUGCCGGUGGCGUCCAGCGAGCAGAACCCUGCCCUCAUCAUCGCCGUGGUGGCUAUCGCGGCGCUGACGGUGCUGGUGUCCGUCGUGAUCGGCGUGAUGGUCUGGAGGAGACAGUGUGGGUACAGCAAGGCCAGCCAGGAUGGGGACGAGGAGCUCUACUUCCAUUUUAAAAUACCCACCAGGAGGACCUACAUCGAUCCUGACACUUGUGAAGACCCCAUGCAGGCUGUGCACCUCUUUGCCAAAGAGCUGGAUAAUGCUAAUGUUAAAAUUGAGAGGAUCAUUGGGAAAGGGGAGUUUGGGGAGAUCUGCAGGGGCUGCCUGAAGCUUCCCAGCAAGCGUGAGCUGCCCGUGGCCAUCCAGACCCUGCGGGCAGGCUGCUCCGAGAAGCAGCAGCGCUUGUUCCUGGCAGAGGCCAGCACCAUGGGGCAGUUCGACCACUCCAACGUCAUCCGCCUGGAGGGGGUCAUCACCAGAGGGAGCACCAUGAUGAUAGUGAUGGAGUACAUGGGGAAUGGUGUGCUGGACUCGUUCCUCAGGAAACACGAGGGACAGUUCACAGCCACCCAGCUCAUCUGCAUGUUGCAGGGGAUUGCCUCUGGCAUGAAGUACCUGGCAGAGAUGGGAUACAUACAUAAGAGCCUUGCUGCCCACAAAGUGCUGGUGAACAGUAGCCUGGCAUGCAAAAUAACUGGUUUCAGACAGCCACAAGAAGAUAAGAUGGAGACCAUCUUCUCCACCAUGCGUGGGAAGAGCCUGGUGCUGUGGUCAGCCCCUGAAGCCAUCCAGUAUCACCACUUCAGUCCAGCCAGUGACGUUUGGAGCUUUGGCAUUGUCAUGUGGGAAGUGAUGUCCUACGGCGAGAGACCCUAUUGGGACAUGUCCAACCAGGACGUGAUGAAGGCUGUGGAGGAUGGGUUCCGCCUGCCUGCCCCAGUGAACUGCCAGCCGCCCCUGCACCAGCUCAUGCUUGACUGCUGGCAGAAGGAGCGCAGCCAGAGACCCAAGUUCUCACACAUCCACAACAUCCUGAGCAAGAUGGUGCAGAGCUCAGAGCCCCCGAAGUGUCCCACCUCCACCUGCACCAGGUCCCGCAGCACCUCCAUCCCCCUCACCCAGCGCACCUUCUCAGCCUUCCCAUCCUUCAGCUCCGUGGGUGAGUGGCUGGAAGCCAUAGAAAUGGGCAGGUACAAGGACAACUUCACUGCUGCCGGCUACUGCUACCUGGAAUCAGUGGCCAGGAUGACAGCCCAAGACAUCCUCAGCCUGGGGAUCACACUGCCAGAGCACCAGCAGACCAUCCUGAGCGGCAUCCAGACCCUGCGGGCCCAGGUGAUCCAGAUGCACGGCCGAGGCGUGCAGGUGUGAAGAGCCCCCAGAGAGCUGCAGCGCCCUGACCCAGCUCCCGGGGAGGAGAGAGCCAACCCCAAGCCAGACCGAAUCUCUGAAGCCUGGUGGGCUCAGGUGGGGUGUAGGAUUCACUGGGCUGCUGUUGAAUAAGUCAUUCCAUGUGGCAGGAGAGCAGGGCUUCCCGGCCCCCAUGCUUGGGGGGUUCCUGGAGGUGAGUGGUGUGCUGAGGUGGAUGCAGCUCUCCCAGCACUGGUUUGUGAGAUGCAGAGCUGCCAUUCCCUCUGGGAACUGGGUUACAGGGUGGAUGGACAUUUGUGCAUUGUUGUAAUCCAGGGCUGACAGCAUUUUCUAUCUUGCAUCCUACUGGUGAGAUCCAUGGGUAUUUUUAUACAAGCUGACAUGUUCUAGCAACCCCACGAGGAGCUUUUAUUGCUUUUAUUUUUAGAGACCAGAGCACAGCUCACACCCAGCACCCAACUUCUGGAAGGUGACUUUCCCCAUCUGCUAUGCUGAAGGAAAUUCAUUCCCAGCCGUGUCCCUUCCGCUCCAAGAGUUCCUUCACUGAGCCUUGAUGCCACAGUUGGUGAACAAAACCAAAUAUUCUCCACUAAAGUGCAGAGUAAAUGGUGCUGAAUGUUGCUAAGGCUCUCUCGGCUGGACAAUUUCAGGGGAAGAAAUUGAAAGCUUUGAUGAAGAGAGCCUUAGCUGAGAGAGGGCAAGCGGUGGAGCCCUUGGGCAGGGAAGGGAAUAGCAGCAGGAGUGUCCUGCUUUGCUGUCCUGCUCACUUUCCCACUGCUGGGCAGAGGUCCAUGCCCAAGGACUGCAGUGCCAGUGCACCCUGCAGUGGAGUGCACCCAGGUCUGGGUGUUUGAGGUAGCAGCAGGGGCUAUGCUAAAGGGACCAUGGCCCCCAGGUGGGUGCUGGGGCUUGGGCAGAAGUGGGCAUUGCAUCUGUGGCAUCCCUGAAAGCCUGCUGUGCCAUCUAGGCAUAAUCCAGGGCACAUCAGCACUUUAUCUGGUUGCAGAGGUAGCGUGGUGCUGCCCGCCUCACGCGCUGAUGCAGCCCCGAGCCCUGACGGAAGACAUAAAUAGCAUCUGCUUAAUCAUGGAACUUCCCUUGAAGUUAGUUAAUUAAAUGGGUCUUUGCAGCCUUGUUCAGAGUUUUGUAGGCCUUUUAUUAUCAUCUGUAAGUACUGUGAGUGAAUUAUUAAUGAUGAAAGGCAAAGAUUUACAAAGGGAACGGAUUGCUGUGGGAGAUGUUCACAGCGCAGCUGGAAAUCUGCUCCAGUCAGAUCUUCCUGGCAGCCUGCUCCAGAGGAUGGGAUCUGAACCACCACUGAGCCAAGGGCCCUAUGGCAGCCUCUCACCCUGCCCUGGUGUCUUCCUUCUCUCCCAGUUCAUGGUCAAGCAGAGUGGCACAGCUGUGGGUGCCAGUGGCUAUCCCAUGACCCAUGUGCCCUGGCACCGUAGGGAUCCAGCUUCAGCUUGGCAAAGCCUUAGUCAUGGUGCUUUCAUUCACACCUGCCCUCAGGCUCUUCUGGCUCAGCUGGAUCCAGGAGUGCUCCAGACUAGCAAGAUUUCACUUCUUUACAUAUUUUAGCUUGAUUGUGUCAGAGAUCAGAACUCUCUGCCUGAUCUUUGCCAACCAGUGGCCACAAGAAGCUGCCAGUUGCUGUUGGUCUCUCCAUUCUCUGCCCCAGGCCCUGUUCCUGGGCAGUGCUGUGGUGAGCACCACACACUCCUGCUGCUCUUGGUUGUGCCACGGUGCAGGCUGGUGAGAAGAGCACAAUUCCCUGUGCAGGAUUUGAGCUCCCAAGGGCACACAUGAGGGGGGCUGUGAACCAGCACAGCCAGGCAUGAGCAGAGCUGGAGGCAGGAGCUUGUCCCGUGGCAGUGGAGCUGUCCCAGCUUUGGGCAAGUGCUGGGCAGACUCCAGAGAGUUUGCUGCUCUCUGGGGUGAAUAAGCUCUCUCCUGCCCCCUCUGCAGCUCCAACAUUCCCCUGUGUCACCUGGGCAGGUUUUUAACAGAAAUACUUUGUCUUUACUUUGGCCCUUGCCUGCUCUGGUUGGUCACUCACCAUCCUGCUGCUCUGCACCCAGAAGAGUAAUUAAUGGUGAACUGAAACCUUCAUUUGGUAGAGAUGCCAGAUCCUGAGGAUCAAGUGCAAUUUGUAUGCUCUUUAUGUUUACAUUUUAUCUAUAGAGAAAAUUUUAUUAUCCUUCUCCAAGCAGGGAGUUGGACCAACUUGAUUCCAGAGCCUCUCUCCCUCCUCCCUGCCCCUUGUCUUGUCUGCCAGGGUCUCCAGCAGGGAGGUCACUGCUGAGGGGUUGGCUCCAGCUUGGUGCAGUUGCUUUCAAGGAGGGCUGGGAAAAGCCAGGGCUUGGUGGCGAGGUGACAGAGCUUCAGAGUCUGCCAAACUGACUGUGGAUCCCUUGGGAAGCUGCCGUGGCUGUGUGGGCAAGAGGCCCAUGGCUGCUGAGCUGUGCCCAGGCAGCAGCCCCACAGCCCUCAGUGCUGCGUGCUCUGUAACCAUGUGCUCGGUGCUGGAGCUCUCCCAGUGCAAUCGAGACCAUCUUUCAAUCAUUUAGUCUUUCCCCCCCUGGAUUAGGCUCCUGGACUGCAUUCUCCAGCACAAUCAGAACUGAAGGUGCAAUUUCUUUCUCUGAGUCUCUGGAGCUGUUCCCUGUGUUUAAUUACUUUUCUGACUCGCUCUGGUGAGGGACUGGGAUCUGCUCCCGCUUUCUGGGCGGGGGGAGCAGGCUCUAACUCAGCACAAACAAGAGGUGCUUGCAUUCCUGGGCUCUCCUUCAAGAAAGGAAGGAAAAAGCCCACAAUGAAGGUGCGUGCUCUAGGCCGAGCUUGUUGCAACAAUAAACACUUUUAAUUGAGCUCCUCGUCAACCCUGAAGGUAAUAAAAUGAGCAAAUUAAGCUAUAGAUUGUUGUUAUGAUUUUAAAAUUAACUUGCAUCCUCUCAGCAUCUCUCUUUGGGGAGGUAUUCGAUGCCUCCUGAUUAAAUUAAUUAGCAACACUGUUUGGAAGCUGCUCGACCAAGGGAAAUACCUCAAAAUCAUUUCAGUCUCUGCUCAGCCAGCCUCUGCUGCCAGGCUCCUUCCACUGAGCUCCUUCCUGGAUCUUCUGUGCUGCUUCCCUCCAGGAGGAUGGAUCCUGACCCUGUGGCUGCUCUGGCUGCUGUGUCCUGCAGGAUCAGACCCUAUGGAAUGAGUAGGGGGAGGGACAGCAUUAGGGUAGGAGUUGCUCUGGAGCCUGAUGGGGAAGCUCUGGUCACAUUCCCCUGGCACAGCUGAGUGUGGGCUCCGCCACCCCAGCACCCUGCAGCACCCCUGGCACGGAACUAAAACUGGAAUCAAGGUGGUUCAUCUCCAGAUGCUUUUUGAUAUUCAUUAACCAUGUGUUAUAUACUGUAAAUACCUACUUGAGAAGUCAAUCUAUAUUUUUCUAAGCUCAGAACAAAUGUAAUAUACUAUCAUAAGGGACACUGUGUGCAUUUCAUGUUUGAACUAUAGUCAGACAUCUCCAGGGAAUCACAGUUGGGUUGGGAUAAUUAAUAAUGAUAAUAAUAAUCAUAAUGGUAAGAAUAAGAGUACUAAUGAUAAAUGGUAAUAAAGAUCUAUUGGCAUUUUUGUUAAUUUUGUAUUUAUUGAACCAUGUUUCAAGACUGCAAUAAUGAGCUAUCUAAACA